UGCACCACACUCAGUGUAGCCUAUUUGCAGACAGCAGACACCAGGACUCUUAGUUCUGUGAGAUCUGAGAUUACAUUUAGCAUUAGAAGCAUCUAAUACAGAAGUGUGAAAUUGUGAGGAGGAAAUCCCAGGUGGUGACAGGAAGGUCUGAGACUGAAGUGGAGGCACCGGCUGCAUCGCACCAUGACUGGUAUUCUGCACCGACUCUCUGUCUGUAUCCUGUGCUGCGCACUCAUCACUGUCACGUUAUCGCAGCGAUGCACCGAAACCACUGAUGAGUGCAUGGUCAUAGUGGAAGGGACUGAAGAUUUCUCUCUCUACAUGGUUCCGCGACCUUGCAAUAGUGAAUAUAUAUUUAAUGAAAACAUGGUCACUGCAGGCGCACUAAGAAAUUUAAACCAUUUUUAUAUUGACUACAAUGAUGAGAUACAUUAUAGCAGCAAUGGUUUUAUGCACAAAGGCCCUUGGCCCCCACGUAAUCAUGAUGACUCGUUUUCUGAUGCCAGAUCAAAUCUAGAAACAACAUAUGAGAAUGCCAAGAUAUAUUUUUUGAGCAGAGAGGCAGUAACCUAUCUAAUAACAAAUGAUGGAAAAUUGUACAUUGAUCUAGAAUCGGGAACUAUAGGCGAAAACUGGCGCAAUGAAAAAGCAACGAUGAUAGGAACAAAGAACUGGGACCUGUGUGAUACAGUGGCAUUCUAUCCUGACGGAACCAUGUAUGCUGUGGUCAAUGACAGUCUUCUGAAGGUAGAUAUCCCGUCACAGCCAAUGGACUUCUUAGAUGUGAGCACAACGGUGGAGAAAAGUGGCUGGGGGAACACGCAGUUCAUGUCUUUCACCGAUAAAGGAGAAAUGUUGGUUGUUAAUAGAGUCAGACCAGGACUUUCUAGUUAUAUCUGUGCAUCUGAUUAUUCAGGAUGGAACUAUCAUCUUUCUAAGCCACCAGACAAGACAAUUGACAGUCAGAAGCCUUGAAUUCCUGCCAGCAGCGGCCAAAACAGUGUCUGAAAGCACGGAAGUAGCAGAAGACAAUCCUAUGACAACAGAAGAACAACUCUACAUUAAAUAGCACCUUUCAUAGAGCAUCAAUAAGUCAUUGGAGAAAAAUGAAGUCUCUGUAGAUUUAUUUUGUGUAACGUACACAGGAGAUCACAAUAAAAAUGAAUUGUGAACUGUACACA